UGUGUCCAGCAUGGCAAAGUGGGUUUGUGAGUUUUGCAGUCAUGAGCUCAGUUCUUCUCCGCCUCUGUCUUCUCUUUGCUCCAUAUAUCUGCUCUGCUCAGUGGUGCUAUCAGAGUCAGUACUCAUGUGAGGAUAAAUGCCAAGGGCCCAGUCAGUGGGUCAGAGAUUCUCCGGAGUGUGGAGGGCAGAUUCAGUCACCUGUUAAUAUCGUCACACGCAAGGUCCAGUAUGACCCCAAUCUGACCGCCAUCAUCUUUGAGAAUUACACAGAAGUAAUGAACAUCACUGUGAUAAACAUCGGAUAUGCUGCUGUCUUUUUUCUCCCGUCAUCUAUGCGGAUCCGUGGCGGGGGCCUUCCUGACACCUACAAGGCUGUUCAGUUUCACCUGCACUGGGGGACAGACUUUGGGCCAGGCUCAGAACACACUGUGGAUGGAGAGCAGUACCCAAUGGAGGUCCACAUUGUUCAUAUAAAACAGCAAUACAACACUCUGAGCGAAGCCAUGAAUGACCCAGUGGGGGUAGCAGCUCUUGGCUUCUUCUUUGAGGUGUCUCCCCAUGAAAAUCGGCAAUUCUAUAAAGUGAUUGAGGCUUUAGGAAGAGUUCGGUACAAUGGGAACAGCACUGUAAUGACUGGAUUCCAGCUGACUGACAUGUUGACAUCAUUGGAGAACUUUUCCAGUUAUUACCGUUACACAGGAUCUCUGACCACACCAGGCUGUAAUGAGGCCAUCAUCUGGACCGUCUUCCAACAGUCUAUCCCCAUCAGCCAACAACAGCUGGCGCUGGUAACCCGACAGAUGUUAUUUCCAACUGGAACGCCCAUGAUUGACAUCUUCCGUCCGGUGCAGAAUCUAAAUGGCCGCAUUGUGUACACAUCCAUGGCAUGUCCCUGUGUGUUUUCGGGUCCAAUCACUCUGGUACUGUGCCUCCUCUAUAUAUUUGAACUAGUGUGA